GCGCGCUGUUUACAUUUCCAGUUGUGAUUGUCCAUUAUUUCCAUUAAUUUGCGACAUUAUCGGUUGAAAACGUUCGAAUAUUUACAAAAUACAAUUUCUAGUAGUCCCACAAGAGGGACAACUUCAAGGUAAAAAAAAAGUUACAUAAAAACCCACGCAAGAUGAACCGUGACGAUUUUCGCAAGAGUGGAGGAACCGUAUUUCGACGGAUAUCCGACAUCGAGCUAGAAGUUUAUAGUGUUUUUGCGCAAACAAUAGAUGGAGACAUCGUCCGGAUUGUGGAGACCCCGGAAGAGGUGAGUGCAAUUCGUUAUGCCACGGACGACGAGAACCGAAUAACGGAGAUGGAAUUCGGCUACGAUGUGGCCAAGGUUUCCCGCCUGUUCGGCCGAAAGGUUAAGGGUGCCGGCAAGAAAGCGGCCAAGAUGACCAUGGACGAGUUCUUGGCGUUGUUCAGAGAGGAACAACCUUUGCAUCCGCUAACCGAAAAUCCGGGCCAUGGCAGUCGCUUGCGCAUGAAAAUGAUCGAUAUUUUAGAACUGGAUGAAAGAACAUUUCCGAAAGGCGCAGAGGACAUGUUCGUUGCCGAGGCGCGAAAAAAAUUCGACGCUCUAACGCCGAUGCUUUGCAGGUGUUCCUUGCAGCGGGCCAAAGAUAAAAUCAGGAGUGAUCUCGCCGCGAUCAUUCGGAGCCGGAACGAAAUGAAGGCACAAAUUGAGAUCGAACAGCACGGCGUGGACAAAUAUGAAGCUAUCAUACAGGAACUGGGAGUCGGCAAGGUGGUUAAGUUUUUUGCUGAUCCCGGCGAAUCGGUUGCUUUCCUCGAGGAUAUGAAGAAAUUGGAAAAGGCUGACGUUGAGGUCCGAAACAGUAUUCGACUGAUCAAGAAGAAUCGUUGA